GGACGAUUCUUGGGCGGAGGAGCCGGUGAGUGGCCGGAGAGUGUGGCCUAGCGAUGAAGACAAACGUUAUCAGUGGGUGGCUGAGCCUGGAAUUGAUAGGAAAGCUUCAGUCUUCAUUGCCAAUUUCCAUGCAACUCGCAUCUCCGAAUCACUCAGUUGUCAGGCUCCUCAUGAAAACGCCUCAACUUAAUCUCAUCAUCAUUUCAUUCAUUUCUGCAGCCACCUUGCAUGCUCUCUCAUCGCUUUUUAGCUGCCAUUUCUCUAUACUACACAAUUUGUAUUAGCAGUAAUUUAAUUAUAACGUUUUUAUACUGAAUAAUGUUGUGAAAUACUGUAAUAAAUAUCAAAUCAAUAU